UCCGUAGUUCUUUUCAUAAUAUCUGUGAUCAGGAAGCUCGUAGUGCGGUGGCGCACCCUGCAACUCGAAAGGCGGUGCAAAGACCUCAUGCGCUGCAUGAUAACCAGACUGCUUUUGAGUAGGGUCAUUAUCGAGGUAGGAAACGGCGGGGACUGGCGCAGAAGUUGAAGCAGCCUUGUCUUUCCAACGUUUUCGCAGGUAGAAUACCACUCACAAAAUGAUGAGUAUACCCGCGACCACGAGUCCACCCGUCAAUCCAAUCAGAGUAUUCUUGCCGAUGCCCUUGUCUUGCGUGUCUUUGAUGGUCUCUCCAUGGACGGUCUCGCACAUGAUGGAAGUGGCGCAUCAGGGUCGCUAGGCAACCCUGGCUGGAAAUUCGACAAGUGCAAGUUCCUGCCUAUGAUAGAUAAAGCUCUCCGCCAGAUGCCACAAGCAAAGUGGAUCGUUUUUGUUGAACUUGACGCGUACCUGAUGUGGACCAAACUGCUAGACUAUUUGUCACAGUUCGAUGCAGAAGCCUCGCAUUACAUCGGCAAGCAAAUGUAUAUUGGCGACAUGCUCUUUGCCCACGGCGGCUCAGGGUUCGUUCUGUCGGCACCAGCAAUGAGGAAGGUGAUUCAUCAUUGGAAAUCUCAUCUGAAAGAUUUGGACCAGUACACGAUUGAGCAAUGGGCUGGAGAUAUGGUCCUCGGGAAAGCGUUGAAGGAUGCUCAAGCAUCACUACUGUGGGCAUUUCCUCACUUCCAGGGUGAUCCGGUCUCAACGCUCGAUCACAACAUUACCAAGAUCAACAGACAACCGUGGUGCUAUCCCGCGAUUACAUACCAUCAUAUGGCAGAGAAUGAGAUCCGGUCUCUGUGAGUAUUCGAACAAGAGUGGUAUCGUAGGCGUCCGAGGAGUGCUCCUCUGAGGCAUGCCGAUGUGUUCAAGGGACACAUAUACCCUAGCCUGAGCAAGGAAAGAUCAACGUGAGGCAGUCAUUCCGUUGACACGGCCUUCAGCAAUGAGGUUUUGAAGGGCGAGGAGGCGCACAGCUCUUUCGAAGCUUGCAGAUCGGCAUGCGAAAGAAACACCCGCUGCCUGUAGUUCUCCUACCGCACUUCCAGGUGUCUUUUGUCGAAUGAAGUGCGCCUGGGCCGAGCGUCGAAAUUACAAUGCUCAGAGUAUUCCACUGCCGCUUCGAAGUGUGAAAAGAUGGAGGAGCCGGCGGCGAUGACGGGAGGUGCAGUUCGUUCUGGUUGGAAAAGUACAUGGGUACUAUGGAUCAGACGUGCGAUCAUCGGAUAGGCUGGAUCACUUAGGAAUCACUCAAAUAGAACGAACCUUGUAGUUGGCCGUGAUGUCAAGCUUCCAUGUUGGUG